CACGUGGAGGUCCAUGAAAUGGAAGACAUGAUCUUGGACUGUCUGCUCACUUGGCACCAUAUUUCUGAAGGCCUCACAGACUACAAAUUUUACAGGGUUUGGGAGAACAAUUCUGAGACCUUGCUGUACAAGGGGAAGGAAUCAACCCUGACAAAGCCAAGGGUGAGUGAAGCGGAUGAAGGCAAAUAUCGCUGCCAGCUGGACACGGUGAAGUCGGGCCCAGCCACCAUCAUUUCAUAUCGUGUCAAAGUGAUACCCCCAAAUGCCCGUGAAGAGAAACCAGGAUCACACAUUGAAACGGAGGAGGAGUGGGGGAAUAUUUCAGUUAUCCCAGACCAGCCGGAGACCAUCAUCACGACCACGACCACCCAUUCCUCCGACACUGAGAGUAGGCUGCAAAACAUCCUCUUCUGGCUGCUGAUCUCCUUCUCUAUAUUCCUGAUAGUAGCACUUAUUCUCAGGCUUAUUUACUGGCGAAAAUCAAAAGAAAAACCAAAGACCUCAGAUGAGAGCCUUGAAAAUUCACCUUCUUAGCCGUCAAAAGACAAGGGCCUCAAAAGAGAACAAUAAUUAAAUACGUGUCUUGUGGUCUAA